GGUAAAUCCUGAGCAUGACCCAUGGAAGAGCCGGCCGAAGACUUCCACCAUCGUUUGCCUACCCCGUCCCUGAGACAGCAGUACUUCAACUUCCGCAAAGCCCAAGGAGAGAAGAAGCUAGGUACUAGCUUCAGUCUUCCAAAUCUUUCAGAGAACCACACAUAUCUCUCCCCCGAUGUCCAGGUUCUCACUCUCGAAGAGCUGUCGAGUCCUGCAAAGGAGGUCGAGAUCACUCCACCGCGACAAACUCCUCUACGCUCCCGCCGCUUUGGCAGCUCCGUGGUGCCGCCUGAAAGGGUGAAAGAAGCGUUGCCCAAACAAAGGCUUGUUGAUGACCUGCGAGCAGUCCGAAGUGCCCAUAACAGUCUAGAGCAUUUGGCCAAGGUCACCAGGGACUUCGAAAGAAUCGGUCGUGGCCCUGAGGUGAAUGCAGCUUUACCUCAUCGACGUAUGCGAGGUUUGGACCUCCUCUACAGCGUGCGCAAUGAUUCUAGUAUGCUUCCGAAGCCGGAGGAUGAAGGAGGAGUCAGGCAAGAAGAUGAUGAAGAGACCCCAGAUGGUACUCGACAAAAAGCUUUCAAGCUAUUGAGGAGUGUGCCAUACUUCAAAACUUUGGAGACUGCUCACAGCGGCAUGUCCUGGAAAUUGAGCCGUCGCUGUGAAUUCUUCCAGGAAGCCGCUGGACAGGUUGUGUUCCGGCAGGGCGAUCCGGCGGGAAAUUGCUACGUACUGAUAAGAGGUGAAGUGGCGGUGAAGAUAUUCAAACCAAGCAAUGAAGAGGAUGCGCCUUGUCCAUCCCCGCGGGAAGACCAUGAACCGCGGAUGUACUGGUACGAGACUUUGACGCAGCAUGCUUGGGCAGGCUACAGAGACGUGCGUUCCAGCGCAGAGACGGAAGAGAAGCUUAGGAAAUACUUCGUUUGGGCGGAUGCGAGAAAACCUGCCAAGAACAAGACAGAACGUCGGGAGAUUGAAGAAGCCCGGAAUUUACAGCGGUCAAGGCUUCUCUAUGGGGAGGAAGAGGAAGUGGAUGAAGCUGUCGACGACGAUGAUCCAGAGCGAGACAUGUCUCUCUUGGAACAACUUCAGCAGGACGAUAACCCCCGGUUCAAAACUGCGGAAGGCCACCGAACUUGGUGUCCCAAGGACUCAUGCCUGGGCGAAACAGUGGUCACCUUGAGUGCUUACGGGACGAUCUUUGGCGAAAUGGCCCUGCAAAAUGACAAGGAUCGGGCAGCCACCAUUGAGUGCACUCAAGAUUGUGAGUUCAUGGUGAUCCCGCGCUUUGUAUACAGGCGCAUUCUGAAGGAAUUGACCAGUAGAUCUUCAGACAGUCUGAAGGCAGUGGGAAUUCUGAGACAACUGGACUUCUUUCGAGAAAUGGAGGCUGAGCGGCCUGGAGUCUGUGAUCGUUUGGCGAUGAAGUUGGAGUGGCAGGACUGUCCUCCUGGCCAGGUAAUUUUUAGACAGCGGGAUCCUCCGGGCAACUGCUACGUCUUGUGUGAGGGUACGACUGAUGUCUACAUCUGCAGCCAAGAGUUCCUGCCACAAGAAGGGGAGAAGCGGAAAGUCAAAAAUAAAAUGACUCCGCGCACAUGCUUGAUGUAUGAUCUGUCGCAGCUUUUUACACUUGUGGAUGCCAAACGAGCUGGCAAAGGAGUCUUCACGAAGGACUCACGGUUCCUGACCCUGGAGAAGUUCAGCAGCUUCGACAAGGACUCCAUGCUCGGGAAGAAGGUGGCGUCUUUAAAUGCGCCUGCGGUCUUUGGAGAGCUUGCACUGAAGAAUACCCAGCCCCGAGCAGCGACGAUCGCGUGCAAAACUGCCUGCCGUUUGAUGAUUCUAGAGAAGAAUCACUUGAUGGGAGUGCUUACUGACGUCAUGGCAAGAAUUCACUUCUUCAAUGACAGACUACCUGGAGUUACAGAUGGUGAAUACAGGAUAGAUCAUCCUUCCAAGCAUUUCAGUCUCCGUGCAUUUCCUCAGGGCUUUCAGUUCAUGUACGAGGGCAUCGUGAUGACAGAGCCUGCGAUCUACGUCCUGAAAUCUGGGACCGUUGAGUUCAAAAGAUACAGGAGAGUCAGCCACAAUCCCGCCUACGUGCUAUCACACCUGCCCUUGGUGGAAUCGUCUUGGAAGUCUCGCACAGCAAGGCCACGCACGGGUGUUGCUGGCAGCCAGACGUCCAAAAAGAGCAGAGGUCAAAGUGGACGAAAGCAUACGCCUAGAGAGGACCUUGGAGAGGAGGUUGUUUGCGACAUAAUGGAAGACGAAGGGGUAUUCUGCACUUUGCCCUUUUUUCCACUUCAUUGCGUGGAACCAUUCAGCGUGGUGGCUUCCAGCCCCAUCGAGGUCUUCCAUGCAGGUGGGCAAGAUGUGAAAAAAAUUGCCGCGGACAGUCUUGCAAGUAUCCGGAAGCACUUGCUCUGGCAGUUGAAGGAGCGAAUCAGGAAGCUUCCGGAAGAAGUCGCAGAAAGUGAAACUGCUCAGAUGUUUGACACGAGAGGAGAGACGUUCUACAAGACCAUCUCCAAGCAGGGCAGGUCAGCUGCAGCGGGGAAGCAUCUGGUUCAGUACAAGAUCACGUACGAGGAGCACGUGCAACGCUUGAAGAAGCAGGCGGCAAUGGCGGCCACGGCCACCACCAUGUCUUCCAGCGCAGCCUUCCACACGCAAAGCUCAGCCUUCUCCGGAACUUCAGAGCUACCCACAUUUUCGCUGGGAGAGGUAAGUGCUUCGACUGUACCAGUGAUCCCAAUGGAGAAGCUUCGACUGUAGGGCGUGAGAGG